AGGCUAUAAAUAGACUCACCAACACAACCAAGCAAAUAUCAAAAGCCUAAGCCUAUUAAUUAUUAUGGCACACAAAGCACUAACCCCAUUGGCACUACUCAGUUUCCUUCUUAUUAGCGUCUUGUUACGCACCUCAUAUGCAGGCAAUAUUGCUGUUUACUGGGGUCAGAACACAAACGAGGGUAGCUUAGCUGAUGCUUGUAACUCAGGCAAUUAUAAGUAUGUGAUCAUAGGUUUCCUAGCCACAUUUGGCAACAACCAAACCCCACUUCUCAACUUAGCUGGCCAUUGUGACCCCACAAGCAACCAAUGCACUUCUUUGAGUGCUGACAUUAACACCUGCCAGAGUCAAGGAAUUAAGGUCAUGCUCUCAUUAGGCGGUGGAGCUGGUGGCUAUUACCUUGCUUCACCUGAUGAUGCCAGGAAUGUGGCACAAUAUUUAUGGGACAACUUUCUUGGGGGCCAAUCAAGCAGUCGUCCAUUGGGGGAUGCAGUUUUGGAUGGCAUAGAUUUUGACAUUGAGGGAGGCACUACUCAACACUGGGAUGAGUUAGUGAAAGCACUAUCAGGGUUCAGCCAACAAAGAAAAGUGUACCUAAGUGCAGCUCCACAAUGUCCCUUCCCAGACGCGUGGCUAAAAUCUGCUAUAGAAACUGGCCUCCUUGAUUUCGUUUGGGUGCAGUUCUACAACAAUUCUCCAUGUGAGUACUCUGGAAGUGCCGACAACCUCAAGAAUUAUUGGACACAAUGGACAUCGAUUCAGGCUGGCCAAGUGUUCUUGGGGCUCCCAGCAUCACAGGAUGCAUCUAAGAGUGGCUAUGUUCCACCAGAUGUUCUUGUUUCUGAUGUGCUUCCAGCUAUUAAGGCAUCAUCAAAAUAUGGGGGUGUUAUGCUUUGGUCUAGGUUCUAUGACAAAAGCUAUAGCACAACUAUUAAGCCCAGUGUCUGAGUUUUUCAGCUGCUAAAUCCAAGAGUUCUGUGAGCUUAGAUCAAAUAGAUAUUAUAAUACAGUAAAAUUUUUAUUCCAGAUUUAGAAUAUGUAAAAUCACUCAUUGGUUGUGCUGUUUUGUGAUGUACUAUGAUAGAAUAAGAUCUUAAAUUUAGGUCCGUAUUAUAUGAAUGAGAAUUUAUAUUUAUCAUUUCUCAACAUUAUUAUGUUGUUGUCUGUUGCGUCAAUUAUAGUAAUAAUCUG